AUGAAAUUUUCAUUAUUAGCUACUUUAAUAGCUACUUCUAAUGCUGCUAUUUUAACACAAUAUUUUACUGCCCCAACUUCAACUCAAUGGGUUACUCAAACUUCAAGUACAUUAUUAAGAACUACAACAAUAAUACAAACUCAGAAUGGUCCUCCACCUGGUUAUACCCAAACUAGACAACCAACUACAACCUCAACCUCAUCAUCAUCAUCACAAACUACCACUCCUACAACAUCUUCUGUUUCUUCUACAAGUUCUUCAAGUUCUUCAAGUUCUUCAAGUUCUUCAGCACCUACAACAUUAGCUACAUCAAUUACAACAGCAUCCUCUUCAUCUUCAUUAUCUUCAUCCUCAAUUCCAUCAAGUGCUCCAUCAAGCACCUUAACAGCAUCCUCCUCAUCUUCAUCAUCAUCUGCUGAUCCAACUACAUCAUCAUCUGCUGAUCCAACUACAUCAUCAUCUGCUGAUCCAACUACAUCAUCAUCAUCAUCAUCAUCAUCAUCAUCUGCUGCUCCAACCACAUCUUCAUCAUCAUCAUCAUCAUCUGCUACUCCAACCACAUCAUCAUCUUCUUCUUCUUCUUCCUCAACUUCAGCUUCUUCAACAGUUGACGAUUCAACACCAACUUCUGAUGUUGCAUUUGCUAAUGAAAUUUUAGCUGAACAUAAUAGAUUGAGAGCCUUACAUGAUACUGAAGCUUUAACAUGGAAUAAUACUUUAGCUGAAUUUGCAGCUGAUUAUGCUGCGAAUAACUUUGAUUGUGACAAUGUUGAAUUAAUUCAUUCUAAUGGUCCUUAUGGUGAAAACUUAGCUGCUGGCUACGUUGGAGGUGUUGAUCCAACAGAUGCUUGGUAUGAUGAAAUUCAAGAUUAUGAUUAUUCAAAUCCAGGUUAUUCAGCAGCAACUGGUCAUUUCACUCAAUUGAUUUGGAGAGGUACAACACAAUUAGGUUGUUCAAGAGUUACUUGUAACAAUGCUUGGAGACAAUACACUAUUUGUGAAUAUAAUCCAAGAGGUAAUAUUGUCGGUACGGAUGAAGCUACUACCCGUCAGUUCUUUACCGCAAAUGUUUUACCACUUGCAAAUUGA